AUGGAUACCGUCAACAAGGCUUUCCAAACUGCCUCAGAUACCGUUCGCAGCAGAACCAGCAGUCCAACUGGCGAAAAGCCUCAAUCUGUCAAAGGAAGGGUGCCACCACCGCCACCACCGCCACCACCACCACCACCACCACUUCAGGUUCCAGACCAUGGCCAGUUCAUGGUUGAAAGCCUUGGAAACAUAGGAGAAAUUCCAAAGCCAGAACCAACAUUCGUGCAUAUAAAAGAGAGAAGGACAAGAAAAAGAAAGGAAAGAAGCCCCACAAAACUCACAUAUAUUUCACAGGAACAACCCAGCCAGCCGGCUCCCGAACAAAGCGCGGAUGCCUCUCUGAGCUCAGCGGACGAGGGAAGUGAAUCCAAUGUCAAAGCAAGUGAGGAAGCUCUCCGGGGUCCCUCCCACCCACCGCCGAGGGAGGAAUACGAUUUCGAGAAGGAAAUUGACGGGAAGCCUGCUGCUGAUCAGAGAAAUGCGCAGAAGGAAUAUGGUAAUGCCAUCAGCUCCAAGGAGCAUAACCAGGGUGUUGGUCCCAGGAAGGCUAUUGCUAAGAUGAAAGAGAGACUUCGUGCAAGUGGGAGGACGAUGAAAGCUGGGAACCAGUUGCAUGGUCAGAACAAGUGA